UUUUGGCUCAAACUGGAAAGGGAGACGAAGUCCGACGUUCUUGUUCCACCACCAAUAGCAGACGUGAUCAUGCCGAUUCGUGUGGGUUUUCUGAUCGGGAAGGACACGGACCUGGUGGAGGAUCCGAAGUAUGUGGGCGAUGCGUCCUUUUUGAUUGAUAUGCCCGACAAGUACCGUGUAGAUCCGGAGAGCAAGGAGUAUUUGAAGGAUUGUGACGAAGGCACCAAAGGCUUUGCGCACGCCGAUGUUGCCAUUCCAUGGUACAUGCACAAGCACCACAAAGACAUUGAGGUGGAUAUGAUUUUCCCUGAGGAGAUCACCACCAAGCGCUUGAAGUCCAACCUUUGCAACUUCGUGAUCGGUUACGAUGUGAUCAACACCAUGUUCGAGAACCAGAAGAGGCAAGAGACGGUCACGAAAGCGUUUAAGCAGUGCGGGAACAUCAUGCCGACCUGGAAAGUGCAGGACUUCAUCUACAUCAAGUCCAAGUACAUGAACGCAUGCUUGAAGGCGGGCAUCCCCAUGGCUCCCACCAUCUUCGCCUACAAGGGCAAGCGCAGCCCGGCGAAGUUGCUGAAGGAGAUCAAGGCGCGUGGAUGGAAGACCUUUGUGAUGAAGCAGUCCAUGAUGGCCUUCUCGUUGGGCUUUUGCAAGUUGAAAGUCGAGGAGUGCGAAAAGGAUCCUUCGAUUCUGAGAAAGUACUUCAAGGAGUAUGCUGAAUGCCCAGAAUAUGUGGUGCAGGAAUGCAUUGAGGGCUUCACUCGAAACUGGGAAACUCGCGUCUUCUGGUUCAACGGUGAGUUUCUGUAUGCCAUUGCGAACAAGGCGGCUGUCUCAACAGAGGAUGGCACCGAAGUCAUUGUCACAGGUGAUGACAUUCCUGAGGAGUUCUUGGAGAAUGCCAAGCGCAUUGGAAAAGAAGCCCUCAAGGUGUUGCCGGAGCUGACGGCACCUUCCGGGGAGCUCAUUCCGAUGACACUCAUCCGCACUGACAUCGGCUGCUCCGACAGUCAGGUCUAUGACAAGGAGACCAACUGGGAUCCCGAGAAGCGAACCUUCUUCUUGAACGAGAUCGAGUAUGGUGGGACGACGUACUUCAUCCGGCACCUCAAGGAGGAUUUUGUGCCAAAGUGGGCCGAAUUGUAUGCGGAGAAAGCCCGCGAGAUUGCGGCGCUUCAAGAGGCGGCGCCCGAGGAGCCACAAAAGAAGCGGGCGCGCAUGGCAGGUCCUGCGAUGAAAAGGCCGGCCUCAGCAAAGGCCAGUGCAGCAGGCAGAUAGCUGAGAUGGGAUGGGAACGGCAGUCAGACUGUUGGUGGAAGAGUGAAAAACCACUUGAUGAUGGAUCCGCCGUUGUCAUAGCGAUCAUUGUCGUGUUUCUGAUGUUUCUCUGGGGUAGGAACGCCGUCCUUCAACAGUAGCCCCAGGGGUCACCCUGCAAAGAUCAUUUUACAAGAAACUUCAGCAAUUUAGGCUUUUCAUCUCAAGAUACUGGGCGUAUGCUGUCCUUUUUCGCUGUGUUCAAUGUUUCUGACAGAGUGGAUGAGCACAGAGUCCAGAGUAGAUACAUAGAUCAUGCAAGACCUCCAAUCAGUGACUGCCCAGACUGGUGACUGGACAGACUGCACCCGUACCGUGCGCGAAAAACAUGGACAUCCCCUGCAACGAAUAGGUGCCACAAUUGAAGUGCCACACAGGCUUCCUCCUUUUGAGACAAACUCAAAACCAAGAGAAGUGACCUGUUUUUGAAGACAGCGGGUCGACUCCCGAUCCCUUCCGCAAGCGAAGAACGGACAAUGCUACGGUUAGCUGUCUUCACUCAAAGUAAGUGGAGUCUCACACAGGGUUGGGCCAGACAACCUGUGGGGACCUCGGUGGAGCAAAUUGUUUGUACUUAAUGUGACCUUAAUGUAGACUCUUGAUGAAUAACCCCACUCAUGUGGAUUCUAAAACCACUUCAACUGGGGAUGUUUAUGAAUCAACAGUCUACAUUAAUACAACCCAUUCUUUCAACGCCAUGUUGGACCUGCCCAACCCUGUUUGACAGGUGCCUGACUUCGCGGUCGCAUUUGUCGACCCUCUCUUGAUGGCAUCGGUAGGGCCUGGUGUUUGGACACGCUGAAGAUGCCCCCGGGUUAGCAGCAAUGCUGCAAAGGCUGUGCGCAGCUGGGUUCACAGGUCAAUUUAGACCUAGCACUUUGCGAAAGCAAGUGAGGGGGAAAAAGCUCCUGGCGGAUGUCGAGCAGAGAGAGAGAGAGAGAGAGAGAUAGAGAGAUAGAGAGAGCGAUGGAUGGAUGGAUGGAUAGAUCGAUAGGUCGAUAGAUCGAUAGAGAGAUAGACAGAUAGACAGACGGA